AUGUCUGAAAUAGCACUUGAUGGUAUCCCAGGCUUACAAGAUGCUGUUGAUCAAAAGCGACCAAUUCCGUAUAAGAACUUGGCGGUCGGGGCAUUCAUGAACAUUUUCCAAGGCAAGUCUACCACUCAUGAUUAUCCCAUGGAAGUACUCAAGACCCAUCUAGCUGCAAAUCGAACAGACACCUUAAGACAGGCAGUUCAAAAGACUUGGGCUCGCGGAAAUGUUACGGCUUUUUAUCAAGGACUUAUUCCAUGGGCGUGGCUGGAAGCCUCCACUAAAGGUGCCAUUCUGGUAUUAGUAUCAACAGAGGUAGAGUACCAAGCUCGCACAAAGCUUAGCACCUCACCAACGCUUUGUGGUGUUCUCGGUGGUAUCACUGGAGGCGUCACACAGUCUUAUCUCACAAUGGGAAUGACAACAUGCAUGAAGACGGUCGAGGUAACCCGAACCAAAAUUUCUGUUGAAGGUGCCAAGGUACCAGGAACGAUGGAUACAUUCUUCCAUAUUCUGCGUGAAAAGGGAAUUCGAGGUGUGAACAAGGGUGUCAAUGCCGUCGCCUUGCGACAAGUGACUGGUUGGUCGUCCAGAAUCGGCAUUUCUCGCUUUGCCGAAGAAAGUAUUCGAUCUGUAGGUGGGAGAGACAAGAACGAAAAGCUCAAAUUUGGCGAGAAGAUCUUGGCAUCAACAAUUGGUGGUGCGCUCAGUUGCUGGAACCAGCCAUUUGAAGUCCUCCGUGUGGAAAUGCAAUCUAUGAAAAGUGAUCCCACGCGCCCGGGGAUUAUUCCGUGGGGGUUCGGCGACACGGUGAAGGAUAUGGUAAACCGCACAUGA